AUGACACAAGGGAAAAUUGUCGAGAUCAUUGGAGCAGUCGUGGACGUGGAGUUUCCACGAGCAGAGGUUCCAAAAAUCUAUAACGCACUCAAAGUAGAGCAAACCGGUCUUACGCUGGAAGUGCAGCAGCAGAUGGGAGAUGGUGUCGUUCGAACCAUCGCCAUGGGAUCCAGCGACGGACUGCAGCGCGGACUUGAGGUAACCAAUACCGGCGAGCCCAUCAAGGUUCCUGUCGGCGAGCCGACGCUGGGGCGCAUCAUGAAUGUACUUGGCGAGCCCGUAGAUGAAGCUGGACCGGUCGAAUCUGAAAAUCAUUGGGCAAUUCACCGCAAGCCGCCCGAAUUUACCGAUCAGGCGACAGCCGUGGAAAUCCUUGAAACUGGCAUUAAGGUCAUUGAUCUAAUCAUGCCAAUUGCAAAGGGCGGAAAAAUUGGAUUGUUCGGUGGUGCAGGAGUCGGCAAAACCGUCACGCUGAUGGAACUGAUCCGCAAUAUCGCAAUCGAACACGCUGGUUAUUCAGUUUUCGCAGGAGUUGGUGAGCGAACCCGUGAAGGAAAUGACUUCUACCAUGAAAUGAAGGAAGCGGAUGUACUCAACAAGGUCUCACUGGUUUACGGCCAAAUGAACGAGCCACCCGGCAACCGCCUCCGUGUAGCGCUCGCGGGGCUGACGAUAUCCGAAUUUUUCCGCGAUGAAGGCAGAGACGUGCUAUUGUUCAUCGACAACAUUUACCGUUACACGCUGGCUGGAGUAGAAGUAUCCGCACUGCUGGGCCGAAUGCCGUCGGCAGUCGGAUAUCAGCCAACGCUUGCUGCGGAGAUGGGAAUACUUCAGGAAAGAAUUACUUCCACCAGAACCGGUUCGAUCACUUCCUUUCAGGCGGUUUAUGUUCCAGCCGACGAUCUGACUGACCCAUCGCCAGCAACUACGUUUGCUCACUUGGAUGCAACCUUGGUUCUAUCCAGACAGAUUGCAGAAUUAGGCAUAUACCCGGCAGUCGAUCCGCUCGAUUCAACCAGCCGGCAGUUGGACCCACUCGUGGUAGGACAAGAGCAUUACGAUACAGCUCGUACCGUUCAGGGAACACUGCAACGAUAUAAGGAAUUGCGAGACAUCAUCGCGAUUUUAGGUAUGGAUGAACUUUCGGAAGACGACAAGUUGGCGGUCUCCAGAGCACGAAAAAUCCAGCGCUUUCUGUCACAGCCAUUCUUUGUUGCCGAAACAUUUACGGGUAGCACAGGAAAGUACGUAUCACUGGCUGAUACAAUCAAAGGAUUCCAGGGAAUUGUAAACGGUGAUUAUGACGACAUACCCGAGCAGGCUUUCUAUAUGGUCGGUCCGAUUGAAGAAGUCGUCGAAGCACACAAGAAGGCGGCAUAG